AUGCACCGGGGUGUGCGGUGCACACUCGGCGUCGACGCUGGCUGUCGUACGCCCCCUCUUGUAUUGAGGCCGCACGGAGUAUUUAGUGAAGGAGCUAUUGAGAUCGUGCACGUGUGGUUCACCCUAGUCACAGAAUAUCGAACGCAGUACUGGAUUGGAUUAGUCGACGGGCUGGUUCCGUCUGUCUUCCCCAUGGAUCUAGUGGCUCUGUGGGACGCGAAUGCUACAAGGUACUUGAGUGCUAUCGGUCUUGUUAUCCUUGCCUACGACCAUGUUUUAACGUUUGCUGACGAGGUGCGCCUCGUGUGGUACGUACCGCCUUCAUUCGCAAAGUGCGCCUUUCUCUUCAACCGGUACCUUGUCCUGUGCACGCUUCUUGCGGCUGCGUUUGAAAUGUGUGGUUUCGUGGGCAAUGUUUCUUCUGACGAAGGGCAAGUCGACGGCGGAGCAUUUGUAUUUACGUGUUCGAUGGUCGCGGUAAUCUCUGUGGGAAUUGCUAACCUACUGGUCCUGCUCCGCGUCGUCAUACUCUGGGAUCACCGACCGAUCGUUCUGAAAGUUAUGAGCGCAGGCUUUGUUAUCAGUUUCUGCGCGCAAACAAUCACAAUGGUCAUCUCUCUUACUAAAAUCAUUUCCAGCAUUGCAUGGUCGCCCGUCGCGAGAAUGUGUAUUACAGCUGAGACGACGCACCUGCUAAUUGCUGUGUGGGGAUCUCCUAUGCUGUUUGAAGCAUUCACUCUCGUGUCUACGUCACUCAAUGCACUCGAUCGUCCAAGAGCUGCGGAGCUCCCAAUUACCAAGGCGUUGACGAGCGACGGGAUCGGCUACUUCUUGGCGUUGACGUGCCUGCGUACUGUGAAUGUUAUCCUCGCCGCGAUCGCUCGUCCUUCGUUCACUUUAUUAGGAGUGUUCCUUGUCUGGGGAAUGACCACCAUAGUACUGAAUCGGUCUCUGUUGCACCUACGACGUGCGGAACUGGAACAGUCCAGCGAUUCUGUGAUGUGUACGUCCUUUCCGUUCACGUUGGGUAGGAUCUACUUGGGGAAGGCCUCUGCUGCGAUUCCAGAAGAGACUUGGGAGACGGGUGGUCAGUGGGUUCCUGGAGCGCACUUUCACCAGUAUCAUUACAGGAAGCGGAGUGAUACAGAUGCGAGAGGAUGGCUGCCACGGGAGACGAUCUACCCCGGCGAAUAG